AUGCUCCACGUCGACGGAGCGCCUGUGAAAAUAAGAUCAGUGUCAGGGCGGGACCUGCAUCGUCCGUAUUCUGAUGUGUGCCCGCCCAUCCGUACGUCGGUGUUGUCGCGUGCUGGCGAUUCAGCCGCGUCGCGUUGGUGCCAGGUGCCCGAUACCCUGCCCUCGUGGAUCACGUACAUGGGAUCCGUCGAGGAGAACACGCCUCUCAUUUCUCUUCGGACAAGUCAUACGCGUGAGCGCGAGCAUACCCGCACAUUGUUGCUGCUGUACUUGGCCAUUUUUUUUCUGGCACUGGCUUCGUCGCUCGAUUCCAUGUCCUUCAACCUGUUCCUGAACUAUGCAUGCAGUGAGUUUCAGGCCCUCUCCCAUCUCGGCACCAUCAUGAUUGCGCAGCAGCUUGUGCGGGCCAUUAGCAAGCCUCCGAUCGCGCGAUUCGCUGACACUAUGGGCCGCAUUGCGACGCUGGUCAUGUGCAUUACUCUGUACGCUGGUGGCCACGCUAUCAUGGCAUUGGCACCCUCGUUUCGCAUGCUUAUGCUGGGCACCAUGAUACAGUCGCUAGGCACGACGGGCGUCGGUGUGGUGCUGGCGGUGAUCAUGGCCGACACAUCGUCGCCCCAGUGGCGUGGUUUUGUGAUUGGACUGUUCAAUGUGCCGUACAUCCUCAAUUUUGCUCUCACGGGACCCGUCGUGGAUGGUAUGCUCAAAGCCGGUGGAUGGCGGCUCGGCUUUGGCUUUUGGGUCGUCCUUGUGCCUCUGUCUGCGGUGCCCCUCUUGAGCCUGCUCAUGAUAGGCAGUCGUCGGGCAUCGAAGCAUUUUCCUCAUCUGGUCGAAUCCACGCUGUCAUCGACGCGCGCUCGUCACGUUGUGAGCCAGAUGGACAUUGUGGGCACGGCUCUCUUAUCGAGUGCCCUCACGUUGAUCCUCCUGCCCGUCUCCAUGGAGGGGCCGCGUGCUCUCUUUGACGGCCUGUCGCUCUUUCGAUCGGACAUACCUACGGGCGUGAUGCUGUUGCUAGUGUUCGGCGCAUGGGAAAUGUGGACGGACACUCCGCUCUUUCCGCUUAGUGUGGUCACUCAUCUCGGCGUGAGCAUCACCUGCUGCAUCGCCGCCCUCGACUUUGCCGGCUUCUACCUGUCGUGGACGUACCUGUCUUCGUGUGUACAGAUUCUCAAGAAUUGGGACCAGGUGCGCACGGCCUACUUUAUCACGAUACAGAACGUGACGUCGACUAUCACGGGCGUGUGCGUCGGUAUGUGUAUGGCGUACACGCGGCAACUGAAGCGGUACAUGUUCAUCGGCCUUAUCUUUCGUCUACUGGGCGUCGCCCUCAUGAUAUGCUACCGGCAUACGAGACACACGGCCGCAGUGCUGCUGGCGAGCCAAGUGCUGCAGGGUAUCGGAGGGGGCGCCUUGUCCCUCACCACCCAGGUGGCCGUCCAGGUGCAUGUCGAGCCGAGCGAGAUUGCGACUGUGACGGCCUUUGAGCUCCUCACGAUGGAUCUCGGCUCAGCCCUGGGGUCUACGAUCGCGAGUGCUCUCGUCAUGUCUCAGUUGCCGGCGGCUCUCCGCGCCCGGCUGCCCGACCGGCCAGCCUCCGAGAUCGAGCGUAUCCAGGGGAGUUUGGAAGAGGUCCUGCGCCAUGCCCCAGGCUCGCCUAUGCGUGCGGGGAUUGUGGAUGCUUGGGUAUACGUCAUGCAGUGGCUGUGUAUCCUGUCGUUCCUCGUGCAGUUGCCUGCCUUGGCUCUGACGUUCCUAGCGCCGAAAGUCGACUUGCACGAGGAGCGCAGUCUUCCGUCCACGGCGCGCACCAACCGCACAGCAGGCGCGCCCUCCUUCAUGACAGCGCCGUCUCUCUGGCGAACGCAGCUCGUCGUCCACGGUGAAGCCUAA